AGGACGGCUCCGUCUUGGUCUCCCAUUCGGAUGAUGGCAAUGCGCUGAACGACGCGCGUUUGAUCCACGUCCCUGCCGCGGAUCACCCGGCUGGCUCCAAGCGCCCCAUUUUCUUCACGCCGGAAAACUUUCCUCGCUACGUGGGGUCUGCCAUGGGCCCUGGGUAUCAGCCUUCCAACGAGACCGCGGGCUAUCCGGUCUUUGAACCCAUUGGUUACAUUGACCAGGUCAGCCACACCUAUGGCUACCAGAGCGGCUCCUAUGGCGUCAUCAACGAGCACGGCGUGGCAGUGGGCGAAUCCACCUGCGGAGCCAUGUUUGGCACCUGCGGCGCUAACCAGACGGUUGGCUGUGAGCCAGGACGCAAGGUGGGUGUUGCAUUGAUGAGCAUCGACACCUUGUCCUAUUUGGCCAUGGAACGCUGCACUUCUUCGCGUCAGGCGGUGGAGAUGAUGGGCCAACUGGCGCUCCAGCACGGU